UGUGGUUCUGGCCAUCCUACCCUCUGUCACAGUGUAGAUGAGAGCUUUUUGCUCUUAUCCAAUCAUGCCUGGAAUGCCGCUUGCCACUUGGGCUAUUUCUGCUAUCUGUCGCUCUUGGUGCGGCAGUGCUAACAGUUUGGCAGAUGGGACACUUUUUCUUGGAGUUGGUGUCGUUGGUUUUUGACUUCUGGCAGUGCCGGGCUUGUUGUUGCCGCUCGUCCUCUCCCUCCCGGCCCCCCUGGUCACCAUGGCCCAUCGGCUGCGGUUUCAUUUUGGCUCUAGUCGCAGCAACACAGCCCCCGAGUCAGAGAUCCUAGACCAGGAGAGAGAAGACGACUUUUUCAUGGCAUUCCACACCCUCCCGCGGAGGAGCGGCCCGCACCCUUUCGCCCAGAACGGACGGGAGGACAGUGGCAGUGGCCUACAAGAAGGCGUGGGCGCACUCAAGCGCAGCACGUCCAUGUUCAUCCCGCAGCUGCUCACGGGCAUUGACGCCCGCCCCACCCGCAGCUCMUCGGUGCAGAUCUCCCUGCAGCGCAAGGCCGCUGAUGGUGCCACCGACGGGUGCGGGCCACCKGAAGGCCCUGAUGACCGUCCCCCGAGCACUGCCUCCGACUUCGGGGACCAGGUCACCACUGCCUUGGCCACAAGAGCCUCGUCUCAGAGCAGCUCUCAGGAACCCUCACCAGGGGACACCCCCGGGAGCUCCCCUCCAAGGGCAGCCCGAGACCCGGGGCCCCAGGUCAAUGGCACAUGUGGUCGCCGSGUGCGAUGCCCUGGUCCAGCCAACAGCACCGAGGAGGCCACCCCCGGCCUUCGCAUCCAGCACCGAGCCUCCAGUGCAGAUGUGCGCCAGGUGCGGCUGCUGCCUUUUGGCCCCGACGGCCAGGCAGGCCCGGCUGCGCCUGAACCCAGGCGUUGGUCCUUGCAGCAUGUUCCAGAUGCUUCUGGAAGCUCUGGGAAACGGUGCUUUGUCUUCCAGUUGCAGCAGCCCCAACCAGGUGCUCCAGGACUGGGCGGGGACUUCAAUUUUGGCUUCACCGGCACAAAGGGCGACAGGUUGGUGAGGUAUCCGCGUAUUCGGCUGGAGAGGAGCACUUCUUACCCUACCCAGCCCCGAGCAGGGCSGGGGAGCCCCACAGAAGACCGGGGAGCCCCAGAGGCGCCACCUCGGGCUGGCAGGAUGGCUCCAGAGAUUCGUAGGACGAAUUCCAUGGAGAGGACUCCACAGGGUCAAGGGUGCACGUUUAAGAUCAGGCAAGAUCAAAACGCAGGGCAGCAGCAUUUCCGAAUUCUUGUUACUCGGGGACCUGAUGAAGAGCCCCAGAAUCCCGAGGAGGAGAAUACCAAGAGCCCUGCUUCCCCAGGAGCCAGUGCCCUGACACGAGACGACUUCCUGGGCCAGGUGGACGUGCCCCUUAAUCACCUUCCGACAGAAGAUCCAACCAUGGAGCGACCCUAUACAUUUAAGGAUUUUCUUCUCCGCCCAAGAAGUCAUAAAUCUCGAGUGAAGGGUUUUUUGCGGCUGAAAAUGGCCUACAUGCCGAAGAACGGAGGUCAAGAUGACGAGAACAGUGAGCAGACGGACGACAUGGAGCAUGGGUGGGAAGUUGUUGACUCCAACGACUCGGCUUCCCAGCACCAGGAGGAGCUUCCCCCUCCCCCUUUGCCCCCAGGGUGGGAAGAGAAGGUGGACAACCUGGGACGCACUUACUAUGUCAAUCACAACAACCGGACCACGCAGUGGCACCGCCCCAGCCUAAUGGACGUGUCCUCGGAGUCGGACAAUAACAUCAGGCAGAUCAACCAGGAGGCUGCACACCGACGCUUCCGCUCUCGGAGGCACAUCAGCGAGGAUUUGGAGCCCGAGGCCUCGGAAGGCGGAGAGACCCCUGAGCCUUGGGAGACCAUUUCAGAAGAAGUGAACAUGGCUGGAGACUCGCUUGGCCUGGCUCUGCCCCCACCGCCCUCCUCCCCAGUGUCUCGAACCAGCCCUCAGGAGCUGUCAGAGGAACUGAGCAGAAGGCUUCAGAUCACUCCAGACUCCAAUGGGGAACAGUUCAGUUCUCUGAUUCAGAGAGAGCCCUCCUCCAGGCUGCGGUCCUGCAGUGUCACCGACGCRGUUGCAGAGCAGGCCCACCUACCACCGCCAUCAGUGGCCUAUGUACAUACCACGCCGGGCCUACCUUCAGGCUGGGAAGAAAGAAAAGAUGCUAAGGGACGCACAUACUAUGUCAAUCAUAACAAUCGAACCACAACUUGGACGCGACCAAUCAUGCAGCUUGCAGAAGAUGGUGCCUCCGGAUCAGCCACAAACAGUAACAACCACCUAAUCGAGCCUCAGAUCCGCCGGCCUCGUAGCCUCAGUUCGCCAACUGUAACUUUAUCUGCCCCACUGGAGGGUGCCAAGGAUUCGCCCAUACGCCGGGCUGUGAAAGAUACCCUUUCCAAUCCACAGUCCCCACAGCCAUCACCUUACAACUCCCCCAAACCACAACACAAAGUCACACAGAGCUUCCUGCCACCGGGCUGGGAAAUGAGGAUAGCUCCCAACGGCCGGCCCUUCUUCAUUGACCAUAACACAAAGACUACGACAUGGGAAGAUCCACGCCUGAAGUUCCCAGUACACAUGCGGUCAAAGGCAUCGUUAAACCCCAACGACCUCGGCCCUCUUCCUCCUGGUUGGGAAGAAAGAAUUCACCUGGAUGGACGGACGUUUUACAUUGAUCAUAACAGCCAGGUGUUAUGUGGAGAGAAUGACCCCCGAGACUCAGUGCCCUCGUACGAUAGCAAAAUCACUCAAUGGGAAGACCCAAGACUGCAGAACCCAGCCAUCACUGGCCCGGCUGUUCCAUACUCCAGAGAAUUUAAGCAGAAAUAUGACUACUUUAGGAAGAAAUUAAAGAAACCCGCUGAUAUUCCAAACAGGUUUGAAAUGAAACUACACAGAAAUAACAUAUUUGAAGAAUCCUACCGGAGAAUCAUGUCUGUAAAAAGACCYGAUGUCCUAAAAGCUAGACUGUGGAUUGAAUUUGAAUCCGAGAAAGGUCUAGACUAUGGGGGCGUGGCCAGAGAAUGGUUCUUCUUGCUGUCCAARGAGAUGUUCAACCCCUACUACGGYCUCUUUGAGUACUCUGCAACGGACAAUUACACACUGCAGAUCAAUCCCAAUUCGGGCCUCUGUAACGAAGAUCAUUUGUCCUACUUCACUUUUAUUGGAAGAGUUGCUGGUCUGGCAGUAUUUCAUGGGAAACUCUUAGAUGGUUUCUUCAUUCGACCAUUUUACAAGAUGAUGCUGGGAAAGCAGAUAACUCUGAAUGACAUGGAAUCUGUGGAUAGUGAAUACUACAACUCUUUGAAGUGGAUCUUAGAAAAUGAUCCUACUGAACUGGACCUCAUGUUCUGCAUCGAUGAAGAGAACUUUGGGCAGACAUACCAAGUGGAUUUGAAGCCCAAUGGGUCCGAGAUAAUGGUAACAAAUGAAAACAAAAGGGAAUAUAUUGACUUAGUCAUCCAGUGGAGAUUUGUGAACAGGGUCCAGAAGCAAAUGAACGCCUUCUUGGAGGGAUUCACAGAAUUGCUUCCCAUCGAUUUGAUUAAAAUUUUUGAUGAAAAUGAGCUGGAGUUGCUCAUGUGCGGCCUCGGUGACGUCGAUGUGAACGACUGGAGACAGCAUUCUAUUUACAAGAAUGGCUACUGCCCAAACCACCCCGUCAUUCAGUGGUUCUGGAAGGCUGUGCUUCUGAUGGAUGCAGAGAAGCGGAUCCGGUUACUGCAGUUUGUCACAGGGACAUCCCGAGUACCCAUGAAUGGAUUUGCCGAACUUUAUGGUUCCAAUGGUCCUCAGCUGUUUACAAUAGAGCAAUGGGGCAGUCCUGAAAAGCUGCCCAGAGCUCACACAUGCUUUAAUCGCCUUGACUUACCUCCAUAUGAAACCUUUGAAGAUUUACGAGAGAAGCUUCUCAUGGCCGUGGAAAACGCACAGGGAUUUGAAGGGGUGGAUUAAGGCCUUCUGACUCGGGGCUGUCCAUCAAGCAAGUUCCCCUUGCACUUUUGCAUUUGCCUAACAGACUUUUGCAGAGCAGGGGGCAGAGACCACUGCACGUGCUGUCUGAGCCCGGCCUCCACCCGGGCCCUGCCCGAGUUCAGAUGCGGGAACCCAGUCCCAGCUCGAGUUCCCACCUCUUCCACCACAAAUCCUCAACUGGUUGAUGUGUACACUAAUUACAUUUCAGGAGGACUUGUUCUAUUUAUGUUGUGCCUCUGCAGGCAAAGCCCUUAAUAAAUAUUUUGCAUACUUUCUAAUGACAAUGAAUGGAAUUAAUCACUCCACAGGUAUAGUAUUACGACUCAUGUUUACUUUUUAAAAUGAUUUAGACCGAUUUUCAGAUUUUAUUUCAUUACAAUUAAAGAUGUCUCAUGUACUUGGAAAGUGAGCAUAUUUUUUUUGUAUUUGAAUUUCAUACCAAGCUUAAUGUUAAUGACAUUUUUAUUUUUGAAGUACUUUGACACCCCCCACCCUCUACUUUAUUAGAAUUGGAAGGCUCACUUUUGUCCAAAAGCCUUCCACGGACAAGUACUUUUGAAAGAAUUUCAAAUAUAGCAUUAGGCAUAAUGAUAAUUUUUCCAUACUCAGAAUGAAAAUAAACUGGAUAUUACUUUGUUUUGUACAAAUUUAGGUAAUAGCUACAGGCUGAGAGAAUUGUAACAUAGCAUGACAUUUGUGUUAACUUGAAAGGAAUCACACCAUUAUUCCUUAGAAGUAAUUGUGUGUGCUAUAACACAUCUGAGGCAGGGUUGGACUAUCAUUUCUCAUUGGAGAAAUUACUUAACCCUUCCUUGCUGUACAGUCAUCAUUUUAUUAUAUUUUCCCCUUUGCUGUCUGUCAUAGAGACAUUUUGAAUGAAACUUGGCAUUGCUUGAUUUGAAACUGCGGAAGCCAGAUCCGUUCUGUCUCCUCCGGGUGUGCAUUUGCCAACGGCGGCAAAGUAACCGGUUCCUGCUCUAACUGCGCCACUUCUGAAGGCACUUUAUGUACUACGCGGAGGUCAUAUCUGGUUCCAUUUUUGUUUUUUAACAUACACAUUAAGUGUGACGAUGAUCUCUUCUCCCUGCACACGUAUCUUUCCUGUGCGAUGUCUAUCAGUUGUGAAUCUGGCUGCUGGUGUAUAGAAACCCGGAUGAAAAGCUGAGCCUACCGACCUGUCCUCUCCAAUUGUUUUGUGACUUCUACUCUACUACAAGGAUUUAUUUAAUAUACACUUAAUGGAACCGAGUUCUGUUCCCUACGACCUGGUGCAUGCUUCAGUACCGUGUCCCGCCCAAGUCGUGUCUGUGGUACACUAGAUUAACAGAGACUCGGUUUGCUCCACUGAGGUCAAGCUGCUAAACUGGGGGUGGCGGAGGAUUGAGGGUGUGUGCACAGUUUGCUUCUUUUCCACUUUUAAGUCUCGUUGCAGAAUUCUGUCAUGUUUAGAGACUAUGUCUGAGACAGCGUGGGAGUGCAGUCGUCCUACCAUCCCUUUUAACUUGUUGUGUUUGUUGGGGAGCACUGGAGGUUUGAUCUCUUGGCAGGCAUAUUUAAGACAAAAUGUGAUUUUGAAGUCUCUGUAAUAGAAGAAAGAGCUCUGGUGUAAGAAUUUGCUCAUAUGCAAAUUAUGCAGCUCCGAAUGGCACGUGAGAUGCCCUGGGCGGCUGUGGCUGUGAAGAAGCACCGAGGCCUCAAGUUAUAGAAGGUGGAUUGCUGUGGAGCUCAGUGCUGGCUCCUGUUCAGAGUGGCUUAAAAUACCUAGGAGUGACCAGAAAACUUACAUGCUAAGUAAUUAUAAAAAAUGAUGUUGCUCAUUUUUUUUUUUUUGCCUUUUGGUGGGAAAUUUUCCCAUAAAACCAACAUGACAAAUGUCUCAGUGGUAAAGGUCCCUUUUUUGUUGCCCUCCUAGUCCAAAGUUAUAGUAAUCUUAAAAAAAAAAAAAAAAAAAAAACGUGCCAUUUGAGUUGAGCAGGGUCCUUGGAUGAAUUUUGAGAAUGAUCAUGUCAUUAUAGGAGGAGAAAUCUGAUUCUACUGUGAAAACUGGGAUUCUUCAGUCAUUUCAUAAACUGUGCAUUUCGUGAAUAUUUUGAUUUUUUUAAAAACAAACUAGCCCAGGUAUUGAAAAUAGGAAAAUAGAAACUAUUCUCAUCAUUUUUAAGCCAGGAACAGAAGAAUUACUGAAAUGUGCCCCUGAGAAUAUUUGAAUGAUGGUCAUUGUGAAUGGCACUUUAGUUUAUCUACCCCCUUGAUACUCCUCCAAUUUUUAACAAUUAAACAUUGCUGGAUUUGGGGGUUGGUUUUUGUUGGUUAAAUGAAAAUACAGUCACUAGUCCUCAGCUAUUCGUGAAGUUUCUCUCUGCCUAAAGGCCCCGAGUCUCUCCUAGAUCUUGUUGUCUGCUGUUGCCUACUCCAGGCAGCAGUGGAGAAUGCACUGCAGGAGGAGCAGGUUUCUGGGUCAUUCUCUGACCUCCCUGCUCCAACAGCUGUCCUGGGGGAGGAGGUUGGUGCUGCCUGUCCUCCUCAUCCCACCAGCCACACUGCUCUGCACUUCACCGUCUCUGUUGCCCAUUUGCUCCCAGGCCACAGUGACCAUCAUGACCCCUUUCCUCUGGCUCCCUGCAGAAGGUGGUUGACRGGGCUGAGAAGUGAGUGCUAGAGCUCGGGAAGGCCCUGAGGGUCACUUGGCUGCCUGUGGAUCCUGGGUGUUACUGUUCCUGCCCCUGGUUGGCCUUUGGAUGAAUUUGGGAAGUCCACAAACAGCGUUAGCUUCGGAGAGUGUUGCUUCUCCGCUCACUGCCCCUGGAACAGGUGACGGGAGACAUUUGUCUCAAUGUGUCUGACCUCGGUGCACUUUCCUUGUUUUUCUGAAACAUGGACUGUCCUUUUCUGCAGUCCUCUAACAGAUCAUCAGGAAGGGACAAACUUAUUUUUUUUUUGUUUCCAAAGCCCUUUAGAACAGUCCCUAAAUUCAGAUGGUGGAUGAGAGAAAGCAACUUGACAUGAAUUAUUCUUGCCAUGUGAGGACCCAGUGGCACAGUCUAAAAAAUGGUGUGCAAAAUAUUUGAACCACUUUCUACAUCUCUCAAUGUGGUGUAGGUACCCCUGUUCUUUGACCUUGCAGGAUCCCAGUUGACUAUCAGAAGCCAGGGUCACGUGCAGCAACUUUCUAAUUGUUCUAACAGUGAGGAGUUGUUUAUCAUUGACUCUUGUAUAUUCCUGAUUGUUGUGUAUCUCAUCUCGGAAAUGUUGAAGUCUGCAAAGAGAGCUUGGGUUCAUCAGCUCUCCAGUCCCUUCCCAUUGUGCUAACUGCCCACUUCCUGUCCUCUCCCUUCCUCACCCAGACUAAGCACCCCUGUGCUCCCCUGUGGGGAGGGGAGAUGCUGCCUGGAGUCACUUUCUGAUGUGCCAGUAGGGGUGCUGCUGUGCAGGGUGACUGCCUGCCCUGCCCCCCACUGACCCCCCAGAUCUUGUACUACCUCUGUCUUCUUCAGGCAUUGGGAUACCUAAGUCACGUCAAAACUGCCAAUUUCAGGACUGAGAUGUGUUCAAAAACAAAAACUUAAAGAAUCCACUUAGUACUUUAGCUUUUAAAACUGGGAAGAAAAUGUGAUAUACUUUGGACCACUUUUUUUUUUAAUUUAUAUAAGCCUUAAUGAAUGGUGUAUAUACACUUGAGUACGCACACUCCACCCCAGAGUGUUUUCAGUGUGUGAGAAAAUGCUGUAGCUUUAGUAUGUGAGCCUGUGUAAUGAUUCCUAAGAAAAGGGGUAGCUUUCUGUUGGUACAGAAUUUUCCAGGAAAACCACUCCUUUUGACAUCUCUCCUGUAUUAAAGAUGUUGCCCUCAAAGCAAUGCAUGUUUGAAGCGCAUGUCUCUUUGCUGGUUUUAUGUUUGUAAGGAGUAAUGACAUCACUUCGUGUACUGCAUUCUCGACCUGGCACCAGUGCAUCGAAAGCCUUUCUCAGGACCAUAACCUGCAUCAACAGAAGCCUGUGUUCCCGUAUAAGCCAGUCUGCCCCUCGUACCCGGACUGAUUUCACCUAGAUUGUCAUGGUUCCCUUCAUGUUAAUUUUGUGUGACUGUUGUUCUUACUACUCUGUAUGUAACAUAACUGUAUACCUACAUAUGCUGUCCAAAUAUAUGUGUAUAUAUUUGUAUAGCAUUUUUACACCUCUACGAGUAAUCCGGUUUCAAAAAAGGGAGAGCUCAGUCCCUUCUGCAGUUUUCUCCAAGCUGUGUGCUGAGAAUUCUGAUGCUCAGAGCCGAGAGAACCCUAGGAAGAUGUUAAUUCGCUGUCAUUUAUUAAUUCAUGAUCUGUUAUCAAAUGAAACCUGAAAAAAAAAACUGACUUUUAAGGUGAAAAGUGUUUCAAGCAUUCCAAAUGAAUUCUCAAUGUUUCAUAACUUUUUAUUAUAAACCCACCUCCUAAAAUGAAGCCAAGUACUAUUUGGUCAAACAAAACCAACUACCUUGAUUUUUUUUUUUAAGACAACUUAUGGAUAAUGCUCAUUUUCACAAUCGGAAUAGCUUUAAAAUAAGGUUGAAUUUGAUACAGGAAAAGUUUUGUUCAAGAACAAGUCCUUUUUGCUUUUCUUUCUUGAGAGCUAAAGAGAAACCGUCGCUUGUUUUCCUGACAGCAAAAAGAGUAAUGUGGCAAAAUGAAGUCAUUGUAAAAAGUGAUGCGACUUGUCGAAUAUUUAAUAAAGAAUUAUGGAAGCUGGAGCAUUUUCUACAGCAAAUAUUA